AGCACAGAGAGAGAGAGAGAGAAAGCAGGAGAAAAAGUGAAAAGAGAUGAAAAAGAAAGAGUGAGAGACAGGUGUAAAGAGAGCCUGUGAGAGUCAAAAGAAAAGAAACACAUAAAUAGAAAGAGUCACAAGGUAGGAAGGAGGGGAAGGAGAGGUGAGAAAGAGUGAGCGAGUAACAGAAGCAGAAAGCAUGUGGAGCGCAGACAGAGGAGCGGAGAGAACGAGAGCGCUCUCUCACCCCGUCUUCGCAGACAGCAGCUAAUGAACUAAGAGAGCGAGAGACGGUAGUAUAUAACUAGAGAUCCGCUACCUGAGGAAACUUUCUGACACCUGCAAGAACGUCAGAGAACAUCGAGAAAAUAAAAGAGCGAGGCUGGAUGCUGGGACAUAAAUGGGAGACUGACAGGACACUCUUUUGACCUCUGCGCUGACACCUUUUAAGAUGGAAAGACGCUUUAAUGGAUUUCCAACGAUUUCCUGUGGCGGUUUCCUUCUGUCACUUUUGAGUGGCAAGCUUCAGCUCUAUCAGAUCGCAUGAACGAAGCGCUAACUCUUUCAACAUGGCUGCUGUUGACGCAAAGAGUCAACUUUAUCCCACACACUUCCAAAAUGUGAUUACAACACUCUCAGGCGCCAACGUACUCUACAAACACCAAAAAUCCUGUCUGAUCGUGACAGUUCCAAGAUGUUAAAUCAGGGUUGGCAGCUGAACUUCAGGGCACCAUGGUCAAUGUGACGCCCAGUAUAGACCCAGAGGCGGCCGACGAGAGGUACAACUACCUCGCGUUGAUAUGCGGCGUGCCUCUCAUCCUCAUCAUCAUCCUGGGGAACAUCCUGGUUUGCCUCAGUGUGUUGACCGAACGCUCCCUCAAAACCGCAACUAACUACUUCAUCGUCAGUCUCGCCGUGGCUGACCUCCUGCUGGCCGUGCUGGUUCUCCCGCUCUACGUCUACUCUGAGUUCCUGGGAGGCAUGUGGACCCUGAGUAUGUACAUCUGUGAUGCCCUAAUGACUAUGGACGUGAUGCUCUGCACUGCCUCCAUUUUGAAUCUAUGUGCAAUUAGUGUGGACAGGUACAUUGCAGUGGUAGUCCCUCUGAAGUACAACAGGAACCAGUUUAGUGUUCGUCAGCUGGCGUUGAUCACAGCCACCUGGGUGCUUUCCCUGGGUGUAGCCAGUCCUGUCAUAUUCGGCUUGAACCAGGUGCCCAACAGGAACCCUCAUGUGUGUAAACUGGAGGACAACCAAUUUGUUGUCUACUCCUCCAUCUGCUCCUUCUUUGUCCCCUGUCCUGUCAUGCUUCUCCUGUACUACUGGAUGUUCAGGGGACUAAAGCGAUGGAGCUCUGGCCGUAGCCGGUCGCACCUCCACCGGCCACCCAGAGGCCGUAGGAGCCUGUCUUUGCGACUAGGAGCAGCUCUGCAUAAGGAGAAGGGACAGGCGAGGGAAAAGGUGGUGUACCUCAUGCCUGCAGGUCUCAGUCCGACAUCUCUCUCCGCUACCCCGACUACUCCAGUUUCCCCAGCCAGCCCGGUUACUCUUACCACAGACGAGCAGGCAGAAGGUCAAACGCCGGCAGCAGAGAGUGACCCCAUGACCACCCAGAUGGACAGUGUAUCGGAUGCAGAGAACCCUGAGCGGGCCACUGAGGAUGAGAGUGGCCGGGAGAACGGUGUGGGGAAGAACCAUCGGUCUCAUGCGGGACGCCGCCACAGCAAGAGCAACAGGGUGAGCGGACGGGAGCGGAAGGCGAUGAAGGUGCUGCCCGUGGUUGUGGGUGUGUUUCUGGCCUGCUGGACUCCUUUCUUCGUAGUCCAUGUGACUAAGGCGCUGUGCGAGUCAUGUGACAUCGGGCCGACGCUGAUCAGCGUGGUCACUUGGCUUGGUUACGUGAACAGUGCCGUCAACCCUAUCAUCUACACUGCCUUCAAUGUGGAGUUCAGGAACGUCUUUCAUAAACUGCUUUGCUGUCGCUCCUGAGGCCAAACGCUUUUUUUAGCACAAGUCUAAAUUCAUGAUGAAUCGCUAAAUAAUUCAAACAAUAAUGAUUAAACAAACACCUGGAAGAUCUGAGCACACAAUGGUCUCCAAGCGAAGGAAUGAUUUAAAGAAAUUAAACAUUACAAAACAACGGAUUACCUAAAGGAAUGAAUGAACAUAGACAGCGCCGUGGAAUGUACCAUUGAGAAAAAUUUCUGAUGCCUUAGUUAACCGAACAUUUUCUUGUAAAAUUGCUUGAACACUACAGUAGAUAACAGAAUACUGUUGAUUUCAUAGCCCAGAGGCAUAAAAUAUGUGAAAACGUCCACAUUGAAGAUAACAGUCGUCUGUGUUUGAUAUGUGAUUGGUAUCAGUGUUGAUUUGAUUUUUUUUUUAAGUGUUGAUUAGAUAUGCAGAGUGCACAGGCAGCUUUUUCAUGGUUGAAACAAAAAGCAAGUUGACACAUUUAGAUCACAAGCUGUGUUUGGAAUGGCAUACUAACAUACUACAUACUGAGCAGUAUUUGUCAGUAUGAUGCCAAAAAAUUGUUUUUAUGCAACGUGGAAUGCUAAACAUAUUUAAACAGUUGCAGAACUUGACACGUACAAUUCAGUUAUCAUCUCGUAUGUGGUUACUGUGCACUUUUACUAUGUGUUCAUGUAUUCUAAGCUGAGAAAUUUGCAUACUUCACACAGUAUGCACAUUAUAUACUAGAAUACUGCUAUACUAUAUUUUAGAAACAUGUUGUCUUCUACAAGUAUAGUAGUAUGCUUAUGCUAUUCUAAACACAGCCAUUGAUUUGUAAAAGGAAUUAAAACUUGUAUGGCUUAAUAUAACAUAAAUUAUUUGUUUUAUUGAAAUAUGUAGUAGAAAACCCAUUAAAGAUGUACAUUUUUUUUGGACUACGGGGCAUCGUUAUUUCGAUUACAUAAAAUGGUUGCGCUUGGUAAACUAUGGCGCUACCUGUUGCUAUUUCAACUCACAUUGUGUGGCUUUUGGUUAUAAUUUUCGGUGAAAGGGCAACAAGAGAAGCGAUGUAAGUCUUCACAGAAGAGGAGAAAAGAAUGGGAAGAUGCCUGUGGACAAAUUGAACUUACUAAAGACCCACGUCUUUGUUCUUUCCACUUCAGUCCUGAUGCCUUUGAGACUUUUAGUAGACCACAGCUACUGAAAGAGCUAACAAACGGCAGAGACAAGAAACGCUAGAUGCCACCCUGACGGGAUAUUCUUAGUGUGGAUUUCACUUGAUAUCCCGGGGCAUUUAGACUCCUUGUGGGAAAAAAUCAAUGGUACAGCAUUUGGUUUAAGCCUACGCUUAUAUCCGUUGUCACUUGUAAGCUUUUUCAGUAGCUGUGGUCAUCGUAUCAGUAUUUUACUUUCCGAGUUGUGUUGUGGUAAAAAUAGCAACAGAUAGCGCCAGUCGCUCACAGAGUGUAACCAUUUCACGCCUUCGAAAUAAUGGCGCCCCCUAUAGUCCAAAAUAUGACUAAAACAAUGUGAAUUUUUUAUAUAACGUAAAUCUUUCAUGGGUUUUCUACUACAUAUUUCAGUAAGAGACAUCAUUUACAUUAUAUUAAGCCACACAAGUCAAUACGCGGGGUUCCCUUUAAAGGUGCACGUGGUGAGAUUGUUUAUUACUAAUUUUUUCCCUGUAAAACCACGUAAACACAGUUAGGAAAAGAAUGGCCCUUUAAUCAGAAAUGAACGUCUCAUUUUCUUACGUCACGUUAGUUAGAACAAACAAUGUUAAGAAGUUAAUUCUAUGGCUUCAAACAAAGAGGAAAAUGUGCCAGUUCUUGGGGAUGUAUAUACAGUUGCCAAAAUCAUUGGAUGCCUUUCUCUGCCCUAGUAUACACAGGCUGCCAAUUCAGCUUUGUUGCAAGUGUGAUUCACAAAAUGUGUACUGUAGAUGUGCUCAGCGGUGACUGAUAGCACUGGGGAUUGUGGGUAUUAUCUGGGGUGGAUUAUAGUAACUGUGCUUCUCAGAAUCAGUGUUGUAAAGAGACUUGUGGAAUGAGUAUUGCUGUUCUUGUACAGGAUCAUCAGUGCAUCUGUCACUUUAUGGAGAUGUGUAUGUGCUUUCCUGCUUAAAUUGUACAAAUACUAUGUGUAUACAUGCAGAGGGAUUCAUAAGUCUGAGACCACUCUGACAAUAUGAGAUUGAAAAUCAAAUUUUUAUGAUUUGUGAAAUUCAUCUUUUACGUUGGUGAUAUAAUUUGUAAAGAAAUUAUAAAUAAUAAAUAAAUAAAAUAAAUAAAUAACACCAAUAGAAAAUUGCCAAAUGGAAGACUUUUCAUUAGUGGUCUCAUACUUUUGGAACUCACUGGAUUCAAAUAUAUAUACACUACAGUUUAAAAGUUUGGGGACAGUAAUGAUUAUUCUUGAUACUUUUAUUCAGCAAGGGCACAUUAAAUUCAAAAGUGACAGUAAAGACAUUUCUAAAGUUACAGUAGUACGGUCUUUGGAACGUUUGAUUCAUCAUAGAAUACUUAAAAAAAGUAUAGCCUAAUAGUUUUCAAAGAAAAUAUUAAGCACCACAACUGUUUUGAACAUUUUAAUACCAAAUGUUUCUUGAGCAUCAAAUCGGCAUGAUUUCCAGAGAAUCAUAUGAUGUUGAAGUAAUUGCUGCUGAAAAUUCAACUAUUUUUUUUAAUCAAAUCAAUCCAGACAUCUUUCAGAAACAUUUCGGAAUUUUACAAAUUUCAUACUGACCACAAAGUUUUGAACAGUAGUGUAUAUAUGCAACCAUUCAGAGUUCUUCAUAAUAAAUGUAAAUUUCAUUCAUAGGGCAGGAUUUUAAAUUGCAACCACAGACCAAGUGAUAAAAUAAAUUUUUUUGUUUUAA